CGGAAGUCAUAACAUCUACCUUGCCUCGCGCGUCAUUUUGACAGUUAGCAUGCUAGCACGAGGGUCGCUACCUGGCCUUAAACUCCUCGGAUAACAUGUCCGUCAAACAGUCAGCACAAAGUUAAAAGCACGGAGUGUCACUUUAACCGUUCGAGGAUGUUUUCAUCGGUCUGGAAUUUUAUCAAACGCCACAAAAGGAAGUUUAUUUUCACCGGAGCUGUAGUUGGAGGAGUGUACUUCCUGGGUAAAUAUGCCCAGAAGAAGAUCAGGGAGAUCCAGGAGAAGGAGGCGACGGAGUACAUCGCUCAGGCCCGACGACAGUUCCACUUUGAAAGCAACCUGAGGACCUGCAACAUGACCGUGCUGUCCAUGCUCCCUCCACUGAAAGAAGCCAUCGUCAGUCAGUUAAAUUCAGAGAGUCUAACUGCACUACUCAAGACCAAACCGGCCAACAAGCUGGAAAUCUGGGAAGAUUUAAAGAUCAUCAGUUUCACCCGCACCAUCGUGGGAGUGUACAGCACCUGCAUGCUGGUGGUUUUACUGCGAGUCCAGCUGAACAUCAUAGGAGGAUACCUGUACCUGGACAACUCUGUCGGCAAGAACACGACGGUUCCUCUGGCUCCGCCAGACGUCCAGCAGCAGUACCUGUCCAGUAUCCAACAUCUACUUGGAGACGGUUUGACAGAGCUGAUGACAGUAGUGAAGAAGGUAGUACAGAACUCACUGGGAGGCAUGUCUCUGAAGCAGAGUCUGUCUCUGCUGGAGCUGGAGCAGCAGCUGAGCUGGAUCAGGGCGGAGGUGGAGGCCGGCAGUGGGCGGCCGCUGUCCUGGUACAUGCUGGCUGACGAUGAGAACGCCCUCGCUGACCAGGCCUGUGGGCUGACAGAGAACGAUGCUGUGACCAUCCGACUGUUAAACGAGACCAGAGACAUGUUGGACAGUCCAGACUUCACCACCGUCCUGAACGCCUGUUUGAACCGAGGCUUCUCUCGUCUCCUCGACAACCUGGCCGAGUUCUUCCGCCCGCCUCCCGGUGACUCCGCCCCCAGUUUUGCACCUGAUAGUCUGUCUGCAGUCAGCCUGCCGCUGGCGAAGAUCAUCCCCAUCAUCAACGGUCAGAUCAACACCAUCUGCAGCGAGACGCCCAGCCACUUUGUUCAGGACUUGCUGAUGAACGACCAGGUCAAGGAGUUUGCCGCCAACGUCUACGAGACCUUCAGCACGCCGCAGGAGCUGCAGAAAUAACCAAGCAAGCACGAGGAGAAGAAGAAGGAGAAAUCAAGAGGGAUUAAAAAAAACAAAUCAGAAACGAUCCAACUCCUGAACUGUUCCUCCUUCCUUUGCUACGUUUCUCCUCCUCCAAAUCCUGACGGUGAAGCUUCACGGCGAAAAUGUCCACGAGGAAGAAUCGGCGACGUCUGUGAACAGCGCCGUCGUGGAUUAUUGAACUGGUGGAGGAGGAGGAAGAGACACUGGCACUGUGUUUGUAGUCACAGCAGAGCCCUGCAUCGUGGGAACUGGAGUCUUAUUUUAACCUGGUGAUGUGGUCUGAGGGAAUCGAGAAAACAGGUCGCGACAAGACAAGGUGACGGUUUAUUGUGUUGAUGCGACAGAUUGUGUUUUAUGUCAGUUUGGAGUUUUCUAGAGGGAUGUGUGUUGAGUCGGACCGAAAUACGGAGGUGACUCCUGCUAAUAUUCAGUGUUUUUAAAUUUGACCUUUUUUUUUUGCGUUUUCUCGUCACGGUGGGGAAAAAAUUUGAGGGUAAUUCAGUGAACUUCUAAAAACAUGAUUAACAGAGAGGUGAUCACAAUGUUUUAAUGGCACAGGUUCUGUUAACUAACUCAAAUCAGUCAUUUGAGUUUAAAAACUUCAAAAUGUUCAGACGUCUUCUUCAGUGUGGUUCUUUCUCUGUCCAGUAGGUGUCACCCUUCUCCAGCUGGUGUAACAGCAUCGCCUUCUUUGGCCUUUUGUUUACAUAUGAAGGGCUUCAUUCCAAAUAUUUUCCAGUUAGAUUACAGUAAAUAAAAGUUUGUGUUUGUGCUCCGCUCCUUGAAUCAUCGGACGGUUAAAGACGAUUUCAUUUUGUAGGAACAAAACAAAAAAGUUUUGGAAUGAAGUCCUUCAGUCUGUACGAACAGUGUUUCCCCUCCGUUUCUUUCCGUUUUACACUUGUUUGAUCACUAAGUUUGUCUGUGUUAACACGAUGAAAGAUUUUAGAGUCCUCCAUCCCGCUCUGCUCGCGUCUGAUUGGCCACGUUGAGGUGCAAGAGCCGGUGAACACACCUGAUCUGGUUAAUUAAUUAAUGUAUUGGGAUAGCAGCACUAAUUUAGGUGACAGGUGUGAGUCAGCGAGACGAGGUGUUUUUUUUAAUGAGCCAAGAAGACUGAUUUGUCAUUUCCCUAUAAAUGAAUCUUAAUUGUUUACUCUGAUUACAGGUACUUGACAUCAUCAUUACAGGUAACUGUGACCACAGUAAAAGAAAAUACACCUCAGUUAGUCUGACAGAUCGAACACAACUUCAGCUUUGAGUUGUCCCACCUCAGUGCUGCAUGGUGGGGUCAGCGACCCGUGGAGGCUGUCGCUUGUAAGAAAGAAACUCCUCCGAUCGGUCGUACCGGUGAUAAGUGAAUAAAAUAAAUUUCUGGAUGUCACCAAAAGUUUUUUUUAAAAACAGGCUUGGAGCUUCGGCGGCUGUUGGGAUUUUCAUCAGAGUCCGUUUCCUUCUCAGGAGAUGAGAAAACGUCAGGUGACAGUCGAGCUGACUUAUUUCCUGAUUCCCGGAUUGCAUGAACUGUCUGUAAAGCUCUGUAAUCGACGAUGUUACACCUUUUUUUUGAAGCGUAAUAUCCUGAAUGACAGCCGAAAUGUAUGUUUGUAGAAAUUUAUUGAAGAGAUAAUAAACGUCAGAUGUGAUUUCAUA